GUUUCUUUUAAAAAUGCAGGAACUGUUAUAGAUUUGCAUGACAUGCUAGCGCGAACUGUUGUUCGUCGAUUUAUCAAUAUAAGAAGUAUCGCAUCAACUUCCAAAGACCCUUCUAGUGCUCAUAAGGUUACGUCCGUGGAUGACCUUGCUCAAAAUCUCCUCUCUGCUCCACCGUCACGUCUGCCAAAAGCAUUUGUACGACUUCGAGCAGCUUGGAGAAAUAGGAUGUACAGGGAUUCGUUGGAUCCUACCCUGAAAAAUGUAGUAGCAUCUUCUUCUUCAUCUUCAGCUGAGCAUUUUCUUCUUUUUUCAGUUGCUAGAUACUGCUUCUGCUCAGCUUUAUUACAACUGUGCGAACAAUUACGAUUACGAGAAGCUUUGCGAAGCUGCUGUGUUGAAAUGGGGAAGUACUGGAAAGUUACUUUCGGUCUUCCUGACUACAUGUCAUCUUGGUAUAAGCUGACGCUAAUGCAUUGUUGGAUGGUAUUAACACGGAUGCAUGUCUCAUUAGAUGCGCAAGCAUAUCUUCGACUACAGCGAAGUAUGCUGGCAACGCUAUGGUUAGAUGUGGACACUCGGCUAAAAAUCGUCUCGGAGGAACUGAAGCAAACACUCACAUCUGAAUCCGAUAUGAAGAAAAUGCAUGGGCUUCACUUACAGACAUUUUUAGAAUAUGAUGAGGGUUUCUUAGCGGAUGACCGAGUUUUUGCCGGUGCUAUAUGGCGAUGUUUGUACUUGAGCAGAACUUGUGAUCCUAUACAUGUUCUUAGAGUGAUUGCCUACAUGCGAUCUACGAUAGCUUGGCUUGAUACUCUUGAUUUGAACGAUAUCUUGAUAGAAGGUGUAAAAGAAUGGAAGCAGCUGAAGCCGAAAGACGCCACUUAUGAGAGAAAAGCAGAUUUAUCCGCAGAAGUUAGCGAAGAGAAGAAGAAAUAUGAAACGAAGGCGUUGUGA